AUGGCUCUGUUAAUGGAGCACCAGUUCAGACAGCUGCCAGCUGACAGACAGGUGGAAACAAGACCGUUUCUGGAGGCUGUGUCAUACCUUCCACCUUUCUUUGACUGCCUUGGCUCUGCUAUUUUUGCACCAAUAAAGGCUGACAUAUCUGGUAACAUCACAAAAAUCAAGGCAGUUUAUGAUACCAACCCAGGAAGGUUCAAGACACUCCAGCAGAUUGUGGAGGCAGAGAAGGAAAUGCAUGGAGCGCAAUGGCCCAAAGUUGGAGCGACGUUGGCUCUCAUGUGGCUAAAAAGGGGUCUACGGUUUAUUCAAGUCUUCCUUCAGAGCCUGGUGGACGGUGAAAAGGAUGAUAGCAACCCAAACCUCAUUCGUGUCAAUGUCACCAAAGCUUAUGAAAUAGCCCUGAGAAAGUAUCAUGGCUGGUUUGUGCAACAGCUCUUCAAGGCAGCUAUUUUCGCUGCUCCAUACAAAUCAGAUUUCCUAAAGGCCGUCUCCAAGGGUCGGGAUGUCAAGGAAGAGGAAUGCUUGGAAAAAAUCCGAAAAUUCCUCCUCAACUUCUCUGCCACUGUUGAUGCCGUUUAUGAAAUGUACAGUAAGAUGAAUGCUGAUCUUGAAUACACAGUGUGACUGCAGGACAACCACCACUUUCCUCUGGUGUCCCACUUAGUUUACAAAGUAAUUUAUUUUCAAUAAACAGUCU